UACCACCUGUUGAAAAAUCCAGCACUGAUCAUUUUGGGUUUAUUGACAACGGUCUUCGACUUCACCCCUCCCCAAACUGGCAAUGUCCGUUUCAGGAACCCUAGCCGGCUUUGAAGAUCUUGUCCAAAUAUCUCAACCAGUUUUCUCCGAACACUUUGCUCAUACUUUCUUCGAUUCAGUCAGCCAACGGCCCCAGGCUUCCCUACGGCAUCAAGCGCCGGGCAUGCCCCUUGUCCUUGGUACACCACUCCAGGAGAUCCCUCGACCUUGCGUGUCCUUCGCUGGCGUCCGACCCGGUACCGACCAAGUCCUCGCUGAUCAGCCCAAUCACUCAAUCCAGCACUUUGACCGUACCAAUCAGAUGCCACCCGUGGCAUUGUGGAGACACGACGACCAUAACCCGCUGAUCAGCAUGCAAAAGAACGCCGUACCGGACCGGCAGCAACGGCAUGGACUCCGGGUGGGGUCGGAUGCACGGACCAUUAAAUCGACCCCGCGUCCCCGCUGUCAUCAUAGGCCGCCUAACUCCAUCGUAAGCCGCCGGUGACUUACUUGACUAAUCUCGACCAACCUCGAAUACCCAUAACCCGGCGCUUUGGGUCUCAUA